CGCGCCGCAGUCGGGCCGCAGCCGGAGCCGGGAGCGGCCGGGCCCGGGCGGCGCGCGCGGGGCGAGAAGCGACGGCGUGAGGCGGCGGCGGGGCUGCCCUGCUCUCCCCUCCGGCCCGCGGCGGCGGGCGCUGAGGUCUGAAGCACAGAAGCAUGCUUUCCACUGAGCCUCACACUACCACCUGUGAUACAGAAUGUCUCUAAGUGAGAACAACAGUGUGGUGUUUGCCUAUGAAUCUUCAGUGCACAGUACCAAUGUACUCCUCAGCCUGGAUGACCAGCGAAAGCGAGAUAUCCUUUGCGAUGUUACAAUUUUAGUGGAAGAUCAGCGAUUUCGGGCACACAAAGCUGUGCUUGCAGCUUGCAGCAGUUACUUCCUUUCAAGAAUUGUGGGCCAGGUGGACGCUGAUCUUAUCAUCACUUUACCGGAAGAGGUAACACUUAAAGGAUUUAGUCCUUUGCUUCAGUUUGCAUAUACUGCAAAACUUGUUUUAAAUAAAGACAAUGUGUCUGAAGUUUGCAAAUGUGCAGAAUUUUUGGGUGUACGCAACAUUGAAGAGUCCUGCUUUCAGUUUCUCAAAUUCAGAUUUUUGGACUUUAAAUUGGAUCAGCAGGAAUGUCCUAGGAAGAAAUGUUGCACGCAGCAUUGUCAGAAAGCAAACCCUAAAACUGGGAAUGCGGAUGAUGGAGACCUAGAAAUAAAUUGUGAAGUAGAAGCACUCCUAGAAAAGGAAUAUAGUCAAAUUCCUGACACAAAGCCCUGUAAAGAUGAAGAAAAUACUAAAUCAUCACCUGCUUUUCAGGAUAAUGCGAAUCAAAACUGUGAUCCUGUACAUUUAGAAAGGGCUAGUGCUUCCAGCUUAUCUUCCCAAUGCCCAAAGUAUAGAAAAUUCCAGAAAGCUUUUGGAAAUGACAAAGUUCAUACUUCGGAGUCUAAUUCCAGUGUUAAAGAUGUUCAGGUGCCACCAUUUUCAACUUCUCUUGAGAAGGAAACAUCUGAUAACGAUGGCAUACAAAAAGCUCAGGAGUGUGUGCCUAUGCAGCUGAUCUCAAACUGUGAAGAGACUCAGGUAGAAAUGGAAGAAGGGGAAGAAGGCAUCCAGAAAAAAGAAGAGACAAAGAAAGAUUCUGUGACUCGGAAUGUGUCAUGUUCUGUGGAGAAAAUGGAUCUUGCUGCUUUCCCCCAAAACUCUGCUGCACCUCAUGGACUCAAUUCUGUGUCAGUUUUACAUAGUUGUGAGCAAUAUGGUAACUUGAAUUUCAGUAGUAUGCAAAACAAUACAGUCUUAGCAGAAAAGACUGUGUCUAGUACUGGAGCUGGAACUGACAAAAUUGAAAGUCAAGGUAACCCAUCUCCAAAGGUGGAUUUGUGCAUUAGGGAAGCCACUAACAUCACUUCAGCUGGAGAUCGAAGCAGUGUGGAGAGAGAGAUAGCAGAACAGCUGGCACAGGGGUUCUGGAGUGAUAUUCACAGCACAGAUUCCUGUCAAGUACAUCUGCCACCUGCAGUUUCUAAAGAGUACUUGGAGCCAGUGUAUUCAGGGAAAAAAUCAGAGUGUCCGUGGCUGGGGAUCAGGAUCAGUGAAAGCCCUGAACCAUGCCCUCAGCGAACUUUUACAACACUGAAUUCUGUCAACUGCCCCUUUAUAAGCAACCUUAGUGCUGAAGGAUGCUCCAACACCUCUGAAGUGAACAGUGGAGAUUAUGCUCAGGGACCACAACAAGAACAGUGUCCCUAUAACUAUGUGAUAAGUUUGGGAGAGGAUUCGGAGACUGACACUGAGGGAGACAGUGAAUCCUGUUCAGCAAGAGAACAAGAAUGUGAGGUAAAACUGCCCUUUAAUGCACAGAGGAUUAUCUCACUUUCCAGAAAUGACUUCCAGUCAUUUCUGAAAAUGCAUAAAUUAACUCCUGAACAAUUGGACUGUAUUCAUGAUAUCCGAAGACGAAGUAAAAACAGAAUUGCAGCACAGCGAUGUCGCAAGAGAAAACUUGACUGCAUACAAAAUCUUGAAUCUGAAAUUGAAAAACUGCAAAAUGAGAAGGAGAAUUUGCUGAAGGAAAGAAACCACAUUUUAUCAACUCUGGGUGAGACAAAGCAGAAUCUGACUGGACUUUGCCAGCAGGUGUGUAAGGAAGCAGCCUUGAGUCAAGAGCAAAUACAAAUACUUGCAAAAUAUUCUUCUUCAGAUUGUCCACUCUCAUUUUUGUUCCCAAAAAGAGAACAAACAGCUCCAUCUGAUAGUGAGCUCGUGGUACCAGCAUCUGUAGAAUCAGCAAAUGGUCUUUCAGGUGUCACACCUACAGCUGAGCAGAGUGCCUGUUACCAGUGUGUCAAGAGCGCGUGCGAGGCCGCGUACGAUCAGGUACAAGAACUGCAUCCAGGGCCUGCCAGAGCAGCGGAGCAGACCUCGCUCGUGGAGCCAUGUGGGCAGGGCAGUGGCAUCACAGACUUCUGCCAGCAGAUGACUGACAAAUGCACUACAGAUGAGUGAAUCUCUCCUUCCCACUGCCAGCCUCUCAGCAUUGCAACUAGAAGUGGGAUUGAGCACUUACUAAGUGAGAACAAAGAGAAAAGUGCAAUCUUUUGAAACUAUAUUGACAAUUACAUGGUCACCAUUAUUACUUGGCAAGCUUUGGGUUUGCUCUUGUGUAGUUCCAGAAAGUAAUUUGUAUGUGUCAGCCUUGGAGUUUUUUCUGUGUGGUGAUACCAAGGAAGGUUCAGGAAAGCUGUUAGAAAGUACUAAUUCCAUGCACAGGUGCUUAUUUAUGAGGAAGUUUUGUUCAAGUGUAGAGCAGCCUACUCUGUUUUAUGCCACAGUACUUAAUGCCACUCUGCAUUUUAAGGAAAGCCUCCUGACAGCUGUUAAUGCACAUUGGCUUCUUUAUCUGGAAUGCUUCUGAGACUUCUUUUUUCCUGGUAGACAAAGCUUAAAAAGCAUGUAUAGCUCUGUAAAUGUUCGUUUUGUAGAUGGACUAAGUGACAUGACAGGAUGAGGAGAUUCUGGAAUAGCCCCCUCUCUAUUACAGAGAAGGCUUUUACUGAAUUAAAGUAGUAGGUGACUUUAGAAUUGAUUAGUAGUAGGCUUUUAUUGAAUAAGUGCUCUUGUCUCUUUAGCACAGAAUUAAAAGAACUGGAGCAGGAGAGGUGCUGCCACAUACUGCUCUCUUCUCUAAGUUUAGUGGGAGGAACAACAACAUGCUGUGGAAGGCAGACAUCUAAAACUGGUGCAGUUCUUGGAUGAGUGUGCAUUGGAUCCUCUGGCAUCUGAAUCCCAUAGGCUUACUAAAACACACUGCUGUAUUGUGACUUCCUGUCCUAGCACCUUCGGGCUUGCUACUUGUUUGUGGCAAGUUGGAAUCAAACUAUUGUGAAAGUCUAAGGACAGACUUUUUUUUAAGGUAUUCAGGCGCCGCAUUUUUUUCUUUCAGUGCCUAACUGCCUAAAGUAAGUUACAAAUAUUUGUUCUCUGAUCACUGGGACCAGUAAAGUUCUAUUUCAGAAUCAAUCUUCAGAAUGCUUUAUGGCUAAACCUGUAGUAUAUUUUCAAUGGCUUGUGCUAUUAACAUAGAUAAAAAGUACAUUGAAGAAAUGACCUGGAGAUAUUUCCUUUAUUAUUUUGUGAAGGAGAAAUUCAGCUACUGAAAAUAAUCCCCAUUUUCUAGAUUUUUACAUAGCAGUGGAUGCAUAUUGUAUACCAAUGAUGCUUUGUUAUUUUGAUGCUAUUCUCACACCAGAACUAAGUAUUGAACCUCACCACAUAAAACUUUGGGUUUGCUGGUUUACAAAACAUGAAGAAUCUUGUACAAGCCAGUGGAAUUCUUCAUUUCCUACCUCAGAAUGUGUAUUAGCUUUUUGUGUCUUUGUGUGCAUGUACAGUAGGCAGCAGCUAAGCAAAGGCCCUUGUAAAUACUGCUUUUCAGUUUUACCUUGCAGUGAGACAAAACUUGUUCUUGGCAAGGCUCUUUUUUUUUUCCUUCCCCUACAUCCAUAGGUAACAUAGCAUUAAUAAAUACAGUAAGCCACUUAUUUAAAACAGAAAUUUUAAAAUUGACAGAUUUCAACAGGACUUCUCAUAACCAGCACAUAACACAAAUGACUACACUACCUCACCUAUGGGACUGAAAGUUGAUUCAAAUCUCUAGUAAAUCCUUGGAUUUUCAUCAUAUAUUAUCAUUGCUUUUUAAGGGAAAAAAAUAUGGAUCAUAGCUUGUAUAAAUCACAAUACUUGCAGUAAUUGAAAUUCGGAAAUAAAUACUACACGGCAGACAUCAUGAUUAUUGAAUUGAAAUUCUUUUAAGUUACUAUCAUUGAGAUAUGAUGAUCCUGUAUAUGUAUUACUUUAUGAAGCUCUCUGGGCUUUUUCUCUAGUUUCUGUAGAUUCCUGGUUAAUUUAAUCCUGUCUCCCUCCCAGGCUGCCACCCUGGGAAGCAUUUUUCUCUUAUGUCUCCAUUUUAUUUAAAAAGCAAACCAACAAGAAACAAUCAAAACAAAAUUCAAAGCCCAAACCUCUACUGUUGAUAACUACUCUCACUUUUAAAGCUGGUGAUAUUCUGAAAUGACGUGGACAAUGGCAUUAAAGCAUUGUCCUAAUAGUGCACAUAGUUGGAAAUAGAAUUCCCUGGGGUAAAUCCUUGUUUUAACAAGGUAGAGCAUCUUUGUAGGGAAUGGCUGUCUGGGAGCUUAUCCAAUGCCCAGAGCCCUGACACACUUGGCUGCAGGUGAAGUUUGAGGGUAGGUUUUUGCCUGACCAGCUGCAUCUAAAUAAUUUUUUAAAAUAUUUAUUUAAUACCAUAGACCUACAAGUUGCAUGUUGACUUCUAUAAGCCUAUAUCAUCAACUUGCAAAUGUUAUGAGUGAAUGACAAUUUUAUGAUACAGAAUUCUCAGGAAAAUGUUUUUGGAGUUUGGUUUUAUUUUUUUUUUUCUUCCAGUAAAGAAAUACUCAAUUUUGAAAUUGUAAAAUACUUUGUUAAAGCAUGUUUUAAAAUACUUUGGUCAGACUAUCUUAAAGCCAUAAGGGUAUGAUGGCAUACAGAUUGUAAAAUAAACAGAUAAUUACAACA